AUGCCAAACUACAAGCUCUACUAUUUUGACGUGCGCUCCCGCGGAGAAGUGAUCCGUCUUCUCUUCCACCUUGCCGAUGAGAAAUUUGAGGACCAACGGAUCCAGAUGGAGGAGUGGGGAGUUUUGAAGGCCGAAAUGCCGCUCGGACAGGUUCCGGUUCUCGAGGUGGACGGUGUCAAAAUUGCCCAAACUACCGCCAUCCUUCGUUAUCUCGGACAUCAGUUCCACCGCGCUGGAACCAAUGCUGUCGACUGCGCUCGCUUGGACAUGAUGGCUGAAGUCAUUCAGGAAUUCAUGAGUGCCGAGGGCAUGGGAUCGUACUCGCGAGUCCUUUUCGGAUUGAUCUCAGCCAACAAGGAGCAAUUCUUCAAGGAAAAAGUUCUCCCUGAUGUUGAGAAGUAUGCCCCACUGGUUGAAAAGUUCCUGUUGGAAAAUGGAAAUAACGGAUUGCUCCUCGGAGAUCGUGAGACUUGGGUGGACGUGUUUGCUGCGGAGACUUUCUCCAAAAUUAUUGAUUAUGGAAGCCCAGAUGCUUUGGAUGCCUAUCCUCAUAUUUUGGCUCUCAUCAACCGUGUCUUCAACCACCCCAACAUCAAGAAGUAUGUCGCCCAAAGAAAGCCAACUCCAGCCUAA